AUGGCCUUUUCAUGUACAAAGAACAGACUCUUCGUCCCCCUCCUCUUCCUCUUCUAUGCCCCGCCCACCUGCCUGUGCCAGUUGACCAACAGCAGCGUUGUCAACCUCACAACCAGCAGCCCGACCACUUCCUCCAACGUCACCUCCCUACAGGGUGUGCGAGGCUGCGGCGCUGGUCUGAACCCGAUCUACAGGUUCCUGUGUGACCGUCGGGCGGCGUGGGGGGUCGUCCUGGAGACCCUGGCCUCUGCAGGUUUCCUGUUCAGUGCCGGUCUCCUCCUGGGCCUCCUGCUCUGGACCUUGUGCACUUGGGUGUCGUCUCGGCAGCGGUGCACAAGAGGCUUCGGAGGCACGGUGCUCUGCACAUCCCUGUUCCUGUUGGCCACGGCGGGGAUCUUCGGCCUCGCCUUCUCCUUCAUUGUCCGCCUCACCCCUCAGACCUGCCCCACCAGGAUCUUCCUCUUCAACGUGCUCUUCUCCCUGGCCUUCUCCUGCCUGCUGGCUCGCUGCCUCGCUCUGCUGGGCUUCGGAGCCGCCCGCGACUGGGGGGAGCCCGCUGUGGCCCUGGGGCUCUUCACCGUGCAGGUCAUCAUCUCCACCCAGUGGCUCAUCAUCGUGCUGGUCCGGGACCAGAAACCUUGCGAGUACAGCCAGGAGGAGUUCGCCAUGCUGCAGAUCUACGUGCUGUGCCUCCUGGCCGUCGGUCUGCUCUUCUCCCUGCACUUCCUGUGCCGCUCUUGCUCCAUGUACAGCUACGACUACACCGGGCCCAUCAACCAGCAGUGGAGGAUCCAGGCCUCGCUGCUCUUCGUCACACUGCUGCUCUCCUCCUGCAUCUGGGGGGUCUGGAUCACCAUGCUGACCUGGGGAAACGUGAAGGUGGGCCGCCGGCCAGCCUGGGACGACCCAGUUCUGACCAUCGCCUUGGUGGCCAACGGCUGGGUGUUACUCAUGGGGCACGGACUGUCCCAGGUGGCCUCCUUCUGCAAAGGGGAGGGCACGGCCAAGGACACCCCUCUGAGCUUUGCAGGUUGGACCAGUCCUGACGCCGACAUCCCUGGACUGGGGAGUCAGAAGGAAGGAAAGGAAAACGGGAGCUUCGAGAAUGAAAGCGAGAACAAGAGAGGCCGGAGAGCUGAUCCAGCGCUGCGAUCCCCCUACGAGUCCGGCUUCUCCAUGACGGAAAUCGACCCUGACAAAGACUACACCAUCCCUCGCCCUCAGACCACCAACUACAACGAGCCGUACGACGAAUAUUACAAACACGAAUAAAAUCCCAUCGUUUGUUUGACAUCGCACAAACCUACGGCGAAGCCAGAGGGAGGAGCACUUGUGAAGUUGCUCAUGUAAAUAUUGUUUGGGUGUAUAAACGUUCACAUGUAAGAUCCUCAGGUCCAGUUCAUUAAACCCGUUUGGAGUUGGAGCCCUCCAUGUGGCAAAGUGUCAGGUGUCUCGGUGUGUGUGCACUUGGUGCUCCACAGAGAUGAAUAUUAGUGCCGAGGGGGUGGAGGAGGUGUGAAGCUGCCUGGAGGUGCCAAACAGCUGAGCAGGGGCGUUGUGAGAUAAAAGAUGAGGUGAGGUCGGAGAGGACGACGAGAUGAGACAGGUGGAGGACGGGGAGCGUGUCCGUGAUGUGGGACAGCCUGUGCCAUCACUCAUUAAUGUCCCUUUUACAACUAAACAGCUCCGUUGUUCUGUUCUCUGACACACGAAGGAAAAAACCGAUGCCGUUAUUCAACUAGUUUUUUAACAACAAAACCAAUAACUCCAGUUCAAGAAUGAUUAAACAUUUCCACUUUUCA